AUGCAUCAAUCUUCUUCUCAUAAACGUGUAUAUUUAAUUGUUUUCAUUCUUGUUGUUUUAAUUAGACAUUCUAUAUCAACUGAUCCAAACGUUAAAUCUGAACAAUCCGACGAUAACGAUAAAACUGAUUCUAUAUCAUCGGAAGUACCAAUUGAUCAAUCAACUGAUGAAAUAACUGAACCAAUAAAAUCUGAUGAAGAUAAUAAACCAGAAAAUGAAAUAAAUCCUUCUGAAUCAAAACCAAGAAAAAAUAAUGAAUCAAGUAAAUCCAAAGAAAAGUUAAUAAUUAAAUAUCGUAUUGAAAAAGAAAAGCCAAAUUCUGAUGUACAAGAAGAAAAUCCUAAUCUAUUAAAUACUCAGAAUGAUAUUCCUGCUACAUUAGAAGAAUCUCAAUUAAAUACUAAUGAAAACAAUAAUGAUAUUCAAGAAGAAGAAGAACAUGAUGAUGAUGAUCAUGAUAAGCAUGAUGAUGAUGAAAUUCCUUUAACACCUGAAAUGAAACGUGCUAAUACAAUUUAUCAUCAAGCUAUGAAAUUUAUUAAUGUAACAACUAAUCGACAAUAUGAAAUAGCGUAUAAAUUAUUUAAACAAGCUGCUGAUUUAGGUCAUAUUGGAGCAAAAGAAGAACUUGCUUUUGGGCAUAUUGUGGGUGUAUAUUUACCAAUGGAUUUUAAUCUUGCUAAAACAUAUUUUGAAGAAGGCAUUAAAAUUGGUUCAUCAGAAUCUCAUUAUGGACUUUAUUUCUUGAAUAGUAUUGGACUUAUUCCAAAUGCAAGCAUUUCAAAAGCACUAGUUCAUUUAACGUUUGCUGCUGUUGAUGGAAAUCAUUUUGCUCAAAUGGCACUUGCUUAUCGAUAUUGGCGUACGAUAAACGUUGGUCAUAGCUGUGAAUUAGCUUUAAUGUUUUAUCAACAAGCUGCUUCAUAUGUUGCUUCAAAAAUAACAACAGCUAGUGGUUUAAUGAUUCAACGUAUUCGUCUAUAUGAUGAUGAAGAACGUCCAAUACAAAAUAAUAUUUUGAUUGAUCAUAAUCUUUUACAAUAUUAUCAAUUAUUAGCUGAUCGUGGUGAUCCACAAGCUCAAUAUGGUAUUGGUCAAUUAUAUUAUUUUCGUGAUGUAGCAUAUGAUAAAGCACUUUAUUAUUUUCGUUUAGCAGCUGAAAAUGGUAAUGUAAAUGCUAUAGCAUAUUUAGGAAAAUUAUAUUCAGAAAAAAAUGAUUUUAUUCAACAAAAUAAUCAAACAGCUGUACAGUUUUUUCAAAGUGCAGCUGAUAAAGGUAAUCCAAUAGGUCAAGCUGGUCUUGGUCUAGCAUAUUAUCAUGGUGCUGGUGUUGAAAAAGAUUAUGACAAAGCUUUUAGAUUAUUUCAUUUAUCAGCUGAUCAAUCUUAUGCCGAAGGACAACUUAUGCUUGGUGUUAUGUAUUAUAAUGGUCAAGGUAUUCAACGAGAUUUUAAAAUGGCUCUUAAAUGGUUUCAAGCUGCAUCUCAAUCAGGACAUGUUCUUGCUUAUUAUAAUUUAGCACAAAUGCAUGCAACUGGUACAGGUGUAUUACGAUCAUGUCCGACAGCUACAGAACUUUUUAAAAGUGUUGCUGAACGUGGUCAAUGGGCAAACAUGUUUACAAAAGCAUUUCAAUUGUAUAAUCAAGGACAUAUUGAACAAGCAUUUAUGAUUUAUUUAUAUUUAGCUGAACUUGGUUAUGAAGUUGCACAAUCGAAUGUUGCUUAUAUUAUUGAUCAAAUGCCAUUUGAUAUUUCAAAUAUAUAUAAAAAACAAGAAGAAAGAUAUAGAAAAGCAUUAAUUUAUUGGCAUAGAGCUGCUACUCAGGGUUUUCAUUAUGCAAGAAUUAAAUUAGGAGAUUCUUAUUAUUAUGGACAUGGAACUGAACAAAAUUAUGAAUUAGCAGCUAGUCAUUAUAAAUCUGCAAGUGAUUUAAGUCGAAAUCCUCAAGCAAUGUUUAAUUUAGCAUAUAUGCAUGAAAAAGGAUUAGGAUUAAAACGAGAUAUACAUCUAGCAAAACGUUUCUAUGAUAUGGCAUUAGAAACUAAUGUAGACGCUUAUUUACCGGUUGCUAUUGUUCUUCUCAAACUUAAGUUUGAAAUAAUUUUUGAAAAUUUAUUUUCAAAUUUUUUCUCAUUUACGAACAAUAAAUCAUCAAAUACAGAAGAAAAUAAUUCAGCCACAAUUGAUUUAGAUUCAUCGUGGGAUUUAUAUUUAAUGGUAAUAUUACUUGGACUUAUUGGUGUUUUUUAUACAAUACGUAGACAAAGAGCUGCUGUAUUACAGCAACCAGUCCAAGUUCCAAUGCAGUGA